AUGACCUUUUUUUUUUUUUUAUACCUCUGUACAGUAAAAGGGCAAAUAAGAACCAAGGUAAGGGAGACCUCAUAUAGGAACUUCCAAGACUGGCGCAAAGUGACUCAAUCUUUUUGUCUAUCUUCCAGGGGGAAGUUUGGCCAGGUGUUCAAGCUUCAGGAGAAGGCCACCGGAAAGAUCCGGGCCGGAAAGUUCUCAAAGGCACGGUUGCAGAAGGAUAUAGCCAAUGCUCGAGCGGAGGUGGAGUUGAUGAAUAAGCUCCAUCAUCCCCGGCUAGUACAUCUGGUGGCUGCUUUCCAGGAACCAGGCUGGGUGAUCCUGGUGAUGGAAUAUAUUGCAGGAGGAGAGCUAUUUGAGCGUAUAGUGGCAGAUGAUUUUGACCAUACGGAGAUCACCAGUGUUCAGUACAUGUCCCAGAUUAUUAUUGGUGUGGGUUAUAUGCACAAACAGGGCAUUGUCCACCUGGACCUCAAACCGGAGAAUGUUGUCUGUGUCAGCAAAGUCGGCACAAUGGUGAAAAUUGUUGACUUUGGCCUGGCCAGAAAACUUGAACCUGGAGUCCCAGUGAAAGUGUUACAAGGGACCGCGGAGUUUGUAGCUCCUGAGGUCAUUGCAUAUGAACCUGUGGGGUUCACAACUGACAUGUGGAGUCUGGGAGUAAUCUGCUAUAUUUUGCUCUGUGGGGAUUCCCCCUUCCAAGGUGAAAAUGAUGCGGAGACCCUGAGGAAUGUCACGUCUGGUAGCUGGGAUUUUGAUGACGAGACUGAGGCUAUUCUCACUGACUCUGCCAAAGAUUUCAUUAGCAGGCUUCUGCAGAAGAACAUGAGAUCCCGACUGACUGCAGAGCAGGCCCUGGAUCACCCAUGGAUCAAGGACAAAGAUAUUUCCAGCACAAAGACACUGCCUAAGGAGCGUAUAAAAAAGUUCCUGGCAAGGCAGAAGUGGCAGGUAUGA